UCCCGACCCGCCCAUCACUAUCUGUGCAUAACCUCAAUCAAUUGGCAUGGUUAGCAAAGAAUGAAAAGAUGUGCAAACUUUUAACACUUUAGCAGCAAAUAACACCAGACAAUCUCAUUUUUGUGCAUAAUAACUUUAAUAAAUCGCUGAAAGUGAAAAUAAGUGCUUAAUUUGAAUGUUUAUUAAGGUAAAAAAAGGCAGAACCAAAAAUUCGGAGGGACUCAAAGGACACAAGUGCCAGGAACAUAAUUAAUUCUGAACUAUGCCUUGUUUUACAAGACAAAAUAUGAGUUUCUAUAAACCAGAUCCUAAGGCCAUUUGUGUUAUGGCUUUGAACUGCAGUGAUGGUAAACUGGCACUUGCAAGGUCAGACGCUAGUAUAGAGAUAUGGAAUUUAAACCAUACGCCAUUUAUGGAAAAAUCAUUUACUUCGAAUCUAGACAACUACAGUGUGGAGGGUUUAACGUGGUGUAGUAGGCGACUUUUUAGUACUGGACACCAUGGCUGGCUCGUAGAACUGGAUUUGUUCACACUUACUAUGAAAGACAAGUGGUCCAUUACAGGAGAAGCAGGCACCUGCUUGGACUCCCGCAAUUCACAGAUAGUGGUGGGAACAGAACAAGGUUAUUUGAACAUAUUUCAAGUUACCGGUACCGAUACCCAAUUUGAGAAGUUUCUGGAUAAGCAGGAAGGACGAAUUGUUUGCGUCAAAUUGAAUCCGACCGGAGAAUUUGUAGUCGCAGGCAGUUUAAAUGCCAUCAGAAUCUGGAGUGUGAAAACGGGACAUGCUCUGCAUAAAAUGGUUUUAAGUAGAGCAGAGGCAAACAAAAACACUAUUGUUUGGUGCUUGGAAGUUUUAUCCGAUUUCACUAUUGUGAGUGGCGACUCUAGAGGAGUUGUUACUUUUUGGGACGGCAAACUCGGUGCCCAACUAGAGAGCUACCACUCACAAAAUUCAGAUAUUAGAGCAAUCUGCAUAAAUGAAAAUGAAGAUUCAUUGUACUGUUCUGGUAUCAAUCAGUUGAUUUGCAAUUACGAAAAAGUUAAAGUUGGUUCCAGUAUUAAGUGGGUGAAAUCUGUCGUAAGAAAAAUUGACGAACAUGAUGUCAGAGCAAUGGCUGUCUACCACAAAAAACUGUAUUCCGCAGGAACAAGUGGCGAUUUGGUUUGCAGUUACCAUCCACCGAAAACGGUGGUAAAAUAUGCACAUAUUCCAUACGUACAAACUGCUUCAGAUGGAUGCCCACUUAUUCUACUAAGAUAUUCAAAACAUAUUGAGAUAUGGUCUUUCUCAUGUUCGAGAAAAAAUGAUUCUGAGCACCAAACCCCACGGUGCCCAGAGGGUGUGGAUCCACAGGAUAGACCAAGAAAGUUGGUUAAAAUUCAGAAAGUAACCAAAAAUUCUGAAAAUAUAAAUGAGGUAGAAGGAAUUAUAUGUUCCUGUAUAUCUGACGACGGAAAAUGGAUAUUUCUUGCGACCAAUUCAGGCUUUCGUCUGUAUGCCCUCCGAGUGGUUGAUUCACAUCCAAAGUUACAAAAAAUUAAUGAUUUGGAUGAUAGCAAUAUUGCCUGUGUUAAAGCGGCAUUUAACAGUAAAAACAAUCAUCUUAUUGUAGCUUUAAGUAAUGGUAAUCUAGUUGUAUAUGACCUGGAAGAUGGAGACCCUUUUAUUAGUCAAAGACUUGAAUGCUUCAAAGUGCACUUGACAGACACAGUAAGUCUACUAGAGGUGUCUAGUUGUGGCAAAUAUUUAGCUGUUGCUGAUGCGGAAAGCAACAUAGUAACGUUUACUUACACAUCAGAUGGGUAUUCGCGACACUUAAAGUUGCCGAAAACCACCAUUCCACCUACGGCAUUGCAUUUCCAGAAACAUAUUCUAAAAGUUUCUUAUGCUAAUAAUGUGGUUUAUGAAUUCAAUAUAAAAAGUAAUGAAUGGACUGAGUUAUGCACUGCUCGGAAGAAGCCG